AUGGAUAACUUAUCACCUUUGAAUCAACCUAGCAAGCUAAUACGACCACCAACAUUGAAACGAGGCCGAUCUGGUGAUUCACAAGGUGGCAAAAUCAAACUUGAAAGGGUUAUCGGUUUGACAGUGUCAACAAAUUCAUCAUUAGAUGUCGAUAAUAAUACUGGAACCAUUGCUUAUCCAGCAGGAUGUACUGUGGUAUUCCACAAUCCAGUUUUGGGUUCCGAAACACAUUUGUCUAACAUUUGUAGAAAGUCAAUAACAUGUUUAACAUUUUCAUCUGAUGGAAGAUAUCUUGGUACUGGAGAAUGUGGUCAUCAGUCGAAUGUUAGGGUUUGGGAUAUGGCAGAUUUUACCCAAAUAGCUGAAUUUCCAGGCCAUAAAUAUGGAAUAAAUUGUGUGGCUUUUUCUCCCAAUCAAAAAUAUUUAGUUUCUGUAGGAUCACAACAUGAUAUGAUUGUGAAUGUUUGGGAAUGGAAAUUAAAUCUAAAGUAUGCAUCUAACAAAGUGUCUGCUAAAAUUAAAGCUAUUGCCUUCUCAGAUAAUGGUAACUUUAUAACAAUUGGUAAUAGACAUGUCAAAUUUUGGUACUUGCAGUCUUCUAGAUCAGUUACAUACAAAGAACCAGUACCACUAAUGGGCCGGUCAGCUAUUUUGGGAGAGCAACGGAAUAAUGAUUUUAUUGAUGUUUGUUGCGGACAUGGUGAACUAAAAGAUUACACCUAUGCAAUAACAAAAUCUGGAUUACUGUGUGAAUUUAAUAACCGUAGAUUGUUAGAUAGAUGGGUUGAAUUAAAAACUACUAGUGCCAACUGUAUGGCCAUUGGUAAUCAGUUCAUUUUUGUUGGAUGCGCUGAAGGUAUUGUAAGGUGUUUCAAUCCAGGAACUCUACAAUUUGUAACUACCUUACCUCGAACUCAUUAUUUAGGCGUUGAUGUAGCUCAAGGACAUGAUAUAAGUCAUAUGGCCAAUAUUCCACCAAAUGCUAAGUAUCCUGAUGCAAUAGCACUUGCUUAUGAUGAAACUAAUAUGAAGGUCACCUGUGUCUACAAUGAUCAUAGUUUAUAUGUAUGGGAUGUUAAAGAUAUUAAAAGGGUGGGAAAAUCUAAUUCUUUUCUAUUUCAUUCGGCGUGUAUUUGGGGAGUAGAGAUGUAUCCUGCACUAGAGCAUGAUUUACAAAUUCCAAAAAAUUCAUUUAUAACUUGCUCAAGUGAUGAUACCAUUAGAGUUUGGAACCUAGACAGAAUAGAAUGUGAUAGAAAAUCUCUUUAUCAAAAGAAUAUCUACAGUAAUGAACUUCUUAAAAUAAUUUACAUUGAUCCAGAGCUAAAUUUUAUCAAGAAUACAGAAUUAAAUUUAGUUGAUAAAAAUGAUUCAUCAUCAUAUGAUGGACGAAAUGGUGUUCGAGCAAUAAGAAUUAGUCCUGAUGGUGUACAUCUUGCAUCUGGUGAUCGUUCUGGGAACAUAAGGGUUCACGAUUUGAAGACUUUACGCCAGGUUUGUUUAAUUGAGGCCCAUGAUGCUGAAGUGUUGUACUUAGAUUAUACCAAGUACAGUGACAAGAUCAAGUUAUUUGCUUCAGCUUCAAGAGAUAGAUUGAUACAUGUAUUUAAUGUUAAUAAAGGAUACGAUUUUACACAAACAUUAGAUGAUCAUUCUUCAUCAAUAACUGCUGUUCGGUUUAUAAACUCUCACAAUAAACUUCAAAUGGUUUCUUGUGGAGCCGACAAAUCAAUUAUAUUUAGAAAUUUCAAUGAGUCAGGUGAUAAGAACCAAGGUAGUUUUGUACAUGAUCAUUAUGUGUCAGGAAAAACCACAUUUUAUGAUAUGGAAGUGGACCCUAAACAGAAACAUAUUAUGACUGCAUGUCAAGAUCGAAAUAUUAGAGUAUACAAUACAACAUCUGGAAAACACACAAAAACAUUUAAAGGUUCUGUAGGGGAUGAAGGCUCACUUAUCAAAGUAGUAUUAGAUAGAAGUGGAUCAUUUAUUGCUACUAGUUGCACCGACAAAACUCUAUGUGUAUAUGAUUUUGUUGCCGGAGAAUGUUUGGCUACUAUGUAUGGUCAUUCAGAGCUAGUUACUGGAUUAAGGUUUACUAAUGAUAGUAAACAUUUAAUAUCAGCUAGUGGUGAUGGUUGCAUAUUUGUAUGGCGAAUGCCAUCCGACAUGGUCAAACAUGCUAAUUCCAAUAAAAAACAAAUAUCUAGAAUUGAAAGACCUGUUCCAGUUUCGAUUAUUGAAAAUGAAACUAUAUCAUUUGCACAUAAAAUAGUUGAAGAAAAUGAGACAAAUACGUUUAGUAUUCCUGCAGAUGGCCACCAAUUACCAUUAUGGGCUAAAAACCAAGUCUCCGAUGAUAUUCCAACUAAUACAUUAUUAAACAAUUCUCAAAAUCAAAUAAAUGCCCCCAAAGGACAAUGGGCUCAACGAGCAACUAGUUCAUCAGAACCUAGUAGUAUUUUGCAACUACCUAUUAAUAAAGAUGACUCUGAUUGUUUCAAAGAUGAUAGUUCCGUAGACAGUGGUACUGAAACUAGCAGAUCAAUUUAUCCUGAAAGUCAAAAAGAGUCAUUAAUAGUACCAAAAAAGACAAUGCGUAUGCCUCCUGUUUUUGUUCCGCACGAUUUUGAAGAAAAUACCUUAGUUCAUUUAACAUCUGAAAAGACAAAUUCACAAACCAUGUCAGAUAUUCAGCGUAUUCGUAAUUUAACCGACGACAGUUCAUUAGGCAGCUUUAAAAAUGAGGAAUUGGAAAGUAAUGAUCAUGAUGGUGAUAUUGAAGAUUCUGAGGGUGAAUGGAUUAGUAAUGCGAAAAUAAAAAACACUGUUCUGUAUUAUCCAUCCAAUAACGAUGAUCUUGUCAAUGAUUAUACUAUUACAAAAUUAGAUUCUGAUGCUCUUAGAAUGUCUCAAAGAAAAUCAAAAGCCAUUAAACAAAAAGAUCGUUUAUUAUCAUCUGGGCUUACUGAUUUAUCUAGUCAUUCAAUGUCUGGCAGCCAAGGAAGUGAUGAUGAUGAUGAUGAUACUUCAACUCCAAGUGUUGACCACUCAGAUAAAAAUUUAACAAUGUUUUCAACUAGUACUGAAAGAUUAGAUAUGAUUGAAAAACGAGAACAAUUCUUAAAGAAUACUUUUGAAUCGCUUGGUGGAACUGAAACCGAUUUUCAAGACAACCAAUACCAUUUCCCAAGUAAGAGAAGUAUAUCUUCUCAGUACAAAGGAAAUAAUAUUAGUACCACUGUACAACAGAAUACAAAUAUUGAAUCUCAAAGUAAAAGAGAAGAACUUCAGCAAAGAAUUGAAGAAACUAGAAGAACUUUACAAAACUUGGGAGCUCAUUCCAAUUUAAAAGCUAGUCAAAGUAUUUGUGAUUUAAGUAGAAAUUAUGGAAAAUCUCCAUCGAAAUUACCAGUUCGCAACCAUUUAUCAGUUGAUAAACAAACAAAUGGAGUUGGGACUAUACGCAGAGUUUGUUCUUUGAUAGAUUUGUCUUCGAGUACACCAAUUAAAGAUUGUCAACCAUAUAAUACAUUCAAUGGUAGUGGUUCGGAUAACUCAAAAACAAAUUCUAAAAGUUUUUCAAAAAAAACAGUUGUCAGCAAUAUGCAUAGAAGUAGUUCUGUCAGCGUUUUGGAUCAAAGUGAUUCUGAGAGCGAUGCCAGUCAGUCUACCAAUGGUGGGAAGAAAAGCACAACAGGUGUACGAGUUAUGAGACCAACAAUAUCGUCACAAAAUAAAAUGAUUAUGAAUAAAUCAAAUCUUUUACGUAGAAGAAGCACAACUUCUUCACAAUCUACAACUGCUCUAAAUAUUAUUGGACAUAAUGAAGAUUCUAGUUCAGAAGAAUUUUUCACAUCUUUACAUAAUAAUAAAACAAAUCAAAUCAUGCAUUCCAGAAUAAAUCCUAUUGUACCUAGUCGUAACAAUUCUUCUUUAACCAGAAGUGUGAGUGAAAUGAAUCUAAAGAGUUCGUCAAGUAAACCAUUAGAAAAGUCUAGAAAUCGUAGUAGUGAUUUGACUAUGAAAACAAAAAGCAGUGGAACGAUAGGCCAUCAAAAAAACUUAAAGAAUUAUUUAUCUUUGAUGGCUGAUCAACUGUUUCAAACGACCGACAAAAUUUUGGAACAUACAAACUGUGUAAAUGUCAAUGAUAGACGUAUAACUAAAGCAGAUGUUACUGAUGUAAUGACAAAACUAGAACAAAUUGUUAACAGUGGCGGUAUGUUUGCUCAUCAAAAUUCAAGAGUAGCACUCAACAGUACUCAACAAUAUUUAGAUGUUCUGAUUGAUUUGAUAAAAAAACGUUUAUCACUUGAAGUCAUUUAA